UCAAAUGACAUAUUAAAAUAAAAUUAUAUGUAACAAUUUAGAAUACAAAAAAAUCCACAAAUAUGCUUGUAUUGAUGAAACCCGCACAAUGAAAAGAUCACACUGAGCGCAGCCUCAGCGACUAUCUAUCGACGCCCGCCAUGUCCCACACGAUCCGCCACGUUACUGUGGCAGUGACGCGAGCCUGCCUCAAGAUACCUUACACCAACCACCUAUGCAAAACUCUCGCCAGAACCUUUGCUGAUAUCGCUAAGAAAGAUUCGCCAUCCAACGUUGCGGUUCGGAAUACAAAGAGUGACAUAUGUUUGCGCGUGCGUCGCGCGCGGCCGGCGGACGUGCCCCGUGUGCUCGCCUUCAUCCGGGCCCACACGCGCAACGCGUGGCCUACACUCGGUGCGCCCUCCAAUGCCUCGCAGAUCGUUCUCUCUGACUACGUUUCCCGUUCUUUAGCUCAAGGCCAUUCAAUGAUAGCAGAGCAGCAGGAUACGAACAACAAGUCGUGCCGCAUUCGCGCGCUAGCGCUGGGCACGACGAUGUGCAAGUGGGAUGCGAGCGUUCUGGAGAAGUGGGCGCGCUGCGUACAAUGCCCGCGCUCGCGCCAGCUGCUCAUGUUCUCGGCGCACUGCUUGCGCGCGCCCGCACUGCACGACAAGUACCACGUACACAACAUACUGCAGGUGAUACUGAUCGUGCCGGACGACGUGUCUACGCGCAGGGAGGUAAUCAAGACGCUGGCGCGCAGCGCAAUGCAGCGCGGCAGAGACAUCGGCUUCUCGCUAGUGCGUUUCGACGCUGGCAACGACGCUGUAAUCGAAGUGUUGGAAGAAAUGAAGUUGCACAAGGAGUGGCGGAUCGUGUACGAUGUUUUCGGUGACGCGAUAAAGGCGCGGCACGACUGCGACUUCUCGUCACCCUCCGACCCCAACCACCCCAGCAAGCUGCAGAUCGACUACCCCCAGGUGGGGCACGGCCAUGCGCUCACCGUCUACUCCGCUUUCACCGACACCCCCAAAUAACAUCCAGUGGCCUUACACCGCCGUAACCCUCGUAUCAAAACAAAUUGUUAAUCAACCCUCUCAUUACAUUUGAAAAACCAGAUACAAUAUAUGUUUUUAUACAAGAGUUACGGCGGUGGAAUUUCACGGAAAUUCAUUGUGUAACUUAAAAUUUAAUUAAAAUAUAAA